UAAGAGAAGCAAUUAUAUUUAUAUUUAAGCAAUUCCACAGAGUUUCUUGAUACACUUAAGCAUCAUCGUUUACUAGUUCACAUCUCCAAAAGGAGACACAUGGAAGAAAGAUUUGGAUCAUAUGUUCAAGAUUUGGGAGGCUUUUAACACUAUCUGAUACUCCCAGAAGCUGGUGUAUCCUCGGACCUUUCAAACCCCAAUUAAAUACUCUCUGUACCGAGUAGGGCACAAAGAAUUCAAUAUCCACCCAAGAAACCAUACACUUCCGAUCUACAGGCGCUCCGCUGUGUCACCGCUUCCUCAGUCCACAAACAGAGGCCUCGGCAGGGCGGACGCCGGGUGGAAGACCUUACGGUGAGAACACAGCCCCCACCUGGCCUCCAGCCGCCAGAGGAACCCGGGAGGGGCGGACUGGCCCCCGAAUAACGGAGCCCUGCGGUCCCGGCUUUUUAAAACGACCAACCACCCCUUUACCCCAACGACCGCGGCCUCCACCCUCCAUUCUGGCCCUGCGGCGGUGCAGGCGGCGGUACGGGCCGAGGCUCCGGCGAACAGCGCGGAGCCUGCGUCUUCCUCCGCCACCGCCGCCCGGCCGGACAGCCGUGGGGCCGGAUGGAGCAGCGCGGCCGCCGCGUUCCGGUGCGCGCGCGCGCCUCAGCCAAUCGCGUGCUCGCCCGCCCCCCGCGGCCGCGGCGAGGCCGGCGCUGGGAAGAGGAAGAAGAACAUUCGCCCUCCUCCUACCAGCGCGCGGGCGGCGGCGGCGGCGGCACCGGGGUCACGAACUCUGACCUUUCGCUGACAAAAACAAUAACAAACCCCCCCUUCCCCGCGACCCCGGCGGCGCCCCCGGGCCCGCCCCCGCCGCCCCGCUCCCACCUCGGCGUCUCGUCUCUCGCCCGCUGCCCCGCGAGCCCGCGGCCCCGGGCUCCCGCCAUCCGCCGACGCCGGGAAGCCGGCCUCCCCGCGUCCUGCCCUCCGCGCCGGGGGCCGCCCGCCGCAGACACGGGACCUGCUCCGAGGCCGCUUUGGCGCCAAAUCCUGAGGUUCUCUAAUGAUCUUGCUUCACCAUGGCUACAAAUAUGGAGGGGCUGGUUCAGCACAGAGUGGGGACCCAGCAGGUGGCUGAGGUACCACGUACACAGACUUCUCGGCCGGAAUCUCCAGGGAUGACCAGCCCCUCCCCGCGCAUCCAGAUAAUCUCCACAGACUCUGCGGUAGCCUCACCUCAGCGCAUUCAGAUCGUGACAGACCAGCAGACAGGACAGAAGAUCCAGAUAGUCACCGCAGUGGACGCCUCCGGAUCCCCCAAGCAGCAGUUCAUCCUGACCAGCCCAGAUGGAGCUGGAACUGGGAAGGUGAUCCUGGCUUCCCCGGAGACCUCCAGUGCCAAGCAGCUCAUAUUCACCACCUCAGACAACCUCGUCCCUGGCAGGAUCCAAAUCGUCACGGACUCUGCUUCUGUGGAACGUCUGCUGGGGAAGGCCGAUGUCCAGCGGCCCCAGGUGGUGGAGUACUGUGUGGUGUGCGGCGACAAAGCCUCAGGCCGUCACUAUGGGGCUGUUAGUUGCGAAGGUUGCAAAGGUUUCUUCAAAAGGAGCGUAAGGAAAAAUUUGACAUACAGCUGCCGGAGCAACCAAGACUGCAUCAUCAAUAAACACCAUCGGAACCGCUGUCAGUUUUGCCGGCUGAAAAAAUGCUUAGAGAUGGGCAUGAAAAUGGAAUCUGUGCAGAGUGAGCGGAAGCCUUUUGAUGUGCAGCGGGAGAAACCAAGCAAUUGUGCUGCUUCAACUGAGAAGAUCUAUAUCCGGAAGGACCUGAGAAGUCCUCUGAUAGCCACACCAACGUUUGUGGCAGACAAAGAUGGAGCAAGACAAACAGGUCUUCUUGAUCCAGGGAUGCUUGUGAACAUCCAGCAGCCUUUGAUCCGCGAGGAUGGUACGGUUCUCCUGGCCACGGAUUCCAAGGCUGAAACAAGCCAGGGAGCCCUGGGCACACUGGCAAAUGUAGUAACGUCCCUUGCCAACCUAAGUGAGUCGCUUAACAACGGUGACACUUCAGAAAUGCAGCCAGAGGACCAGUCUGCGAGUGAGAUUACUCGGGCAUUUGAUACCUUAGCUAAAGCACUUAACACCACAGACAGCUCCUCACCUCCAAGCCUGGCGGACGGGAUAGAUGGCAGUGGAGGGGGUAGCAUCCACGUCAUCAGCAGAGACCAGUCCACACCCAUCAUUGAGGUCGAAGGCCCCCUCCUUUCAGACACUCACGUCACAUUUAAGCUCACAAUGCCCAGCCCGAUGCCGGAGUACCUCAAUGUGCACUACAUCUGCGAGUCCGCGUCCCGCCUGCUCUUCCUGUCCAUGCAUUGGGCCAGGUCCAUCCCAGCCUUUCAGGCACUUGGGCAGGACUGCAACACCAGCCUGGUACGGGCCUGCUGGAACGAGCUCUUCACCCUCGGCCUGGCCCAGUGCGCCCAGGUCAUGAGCCUCUCCACCAUCCUGGCCGCCAUCGUCAACCACCUACAGAACAGCAUCCAGGAAGAUAAACUUUCUGGCGACCGGAUAAAGCAAGUCAUGGAGCACAUCUGGAAGCUUCAGGAAUUCUGUAACAGUAUGGCAAAGCUGGAUAUAGACGGCUAUGAGUAUGCAUACCUUAAAGCUAUAGUUCUCUUUAGCCCCGAUCAUCCGGGUUUGACCAGCACAAGUCAGAUUGAAAAAUUCCAAGAAAAGGCACAGAUGGAGUUGCAGGACUAUGUUCAGAAAACCUACUCAGAAGACACGUACCGAUUGGCCCGGAUUCUCGUCCGCCUGCCGGCACUCAGGCUCAUGAGCUCCAACAUAACAGAAGAACUUUUUUUUACUGGUCUCAUUGGCAAUGUUUCAAUAGACAGCAUAAUCCCCUACAUCCUCAAGAUGGAGACAGCAGAGUAUAACGGCCAGAUCACCGGGGCCAGCCUAUAGUGCACGCCACACACCUGCCGAGCAGCACAGGAUCCUCCCGGGACUGCUCAGAUACAAAGAAAAGAAAGUAGUGGUAUUUUGGUAUGUGCAAAUAUCUCCAGUACGUUAGCCAUUUCCUACCUGGUUUCUUCUUACUCGUUAAUCCCAGAUGAUAAUGACUAAGAGACUAGUAGGGUCCUUUCCUGCCAUAAGAGAUGUUUUAAUGCCUUUUGAUGAAGCAGCAGAUUUUGGAGCAAUCUUUUAACUCAAUUUGUAUUUAGAAAUUCUCAAAGGGCAAAAAACAAAAGCAAAGUUUUAUAAUGUCAGAGACUAGUAUUAAAGAAAACUAAAAGAACCUAAGAGAACAGUAUGUGUGUAUAUAUUAAAAAUGUCCUUGGAAUUAAUAGUAACUAAUUACCAGGGUAAUAAUAUUAGCACUUUCUAAGCACUUCUGAUCAAUGUGUAAUGUGAGCAACAUCUUGCCUGUCUGCAGGGCAAACAGAAAACUGUAUGUCUUUGCUGAAAUGCUGAUGAUUUCUGUGAAAAUGCAAUAGGGCACAGGAGACAAUCAUUUCUGUUGGAGGAAGGACAGCAUCCUUCCUGACUGUGCGCAUGCACUGCUGCUCGAGCUUGCUUCCUAGGAGGGGAGGCGAUGCCCUGGCCCGUGUGUGUGGGCGGUCGGGAGCACUAGUGGGCUCAUGACUGGGCCCCCGGCUUCCUCAGCCAGAGUGGAGGCUGGUUGGGUUCCCUGGCUCUGUCCUGGCCUCUGGUGGCCACUGCACGUCCCUCCCCACCCAGGGCUCUCUGCUGGUGACUGGUUUUCGGAGUAGGAAUAAACCAGUCAAACGUCAACUGCCAGUUCCUGUGGCGACGGGAGGAAUCCCCUAUCAUCUCUGCCACUCAGGGCUGAUGAGUGUUCUGGCCCAUAAGGUAGGCAUUCUGAGCCCUUGACAGGACUUUUCGACUACAGUGUGUGGCAGCUGGAAGAGGGUGAGGGCUCCCUUCUCAGCAGCUUCCAUCCCAAAUGCCCCCUUGAUAAGGGAAUUGGGAGGUGGGCUGUCCUGCGGGUCCCACAACCUGGUCAGGCAACAGGGCCAGUAGAGUGACAUUUCUCAGCAUCUGUUGGCAGGCUCUCAGUGGUCCUGGCACACUGUGCAUGUGGGCUCCUCUGCAUUGUGCCAGCUGACAAGCUCUGGCUCAUUUCAGAUGGAUGCAGAAACAGGCUACCUACUCCUUAAAAACCCUUAAUUCCAAAAGUUAUCUUCUUUCUCCUUAUAAGUUACAGCGACCAUUGUUUAUAAGGACAGAAUGCAGUCGUUCAAAGUUCUAACUAGAGAAAAGUGCUUAUCAGUUCCCAUAGAUGUGAACGAGCAGCAGACGCUUCUGUUUGGGAACGUGGCAGGGCUGGGUCAGGCACCUUGGUCUUCUGUGUAGCACAGAUUAAGGCUAAAUUUACAUCUCCUAAAUUUUUUGAUCAGAUGAUAUCCCCCAAAACCCCAGUGUACUCACUUCUCCAUCUCCAGAUCUCUGGUCUGUCUCCACCGUGUACAGCUGAAGAGAGCAGGAUGGGUGCCUAGCACACUGUGUGUUGGUGCUGGACCACCACAGCAUCAGGUAGAACAGGCCCCUUGAUUCUCAAGUUGUCAUUAGUGGGAAUUAAGUGGGAACAGCAUCUCCAACUGGAAAUUCCCUUUGGAUCUAAGUAUAUCAUUUAGAGUUCAUGCUGUGGGAGCAAACUGGGAAAUAGUGGGAGGGCCCAUUAUAAAAUGAAGGAUAGGAUUUAGUUUUGCCAGCUUAAAUUUUGGCUUUCUAACUUCAAAGUGAUUUAAAUUUCAAAAUUAAGACAAAAAACUGGCCAAGAGAAUGGCUAAGAUAGGUCUGUUUGAUUUCUGCUUGUGAAGGAUUUUUGCAGAGGGCAUUUUGAAGCAUGUGUAUGCAUCUUACAUAGCAAGCUGCCUCCUUCUCUGUUCUCUUCUGCUGUGAUGUAAGCGUGUCUGUUGUUCCUGCCGCAGCUCCCUGCACUGUCACAUCUUUCAGGUCUGGGUGCUGGGUGGUAGUGAAAAGAUGUGCAUGGGACAGCUCCCUGGUUCCCAGGGCAGGCCUGGGAGGCUUUGACAGCAGGUUGCCUUGGGUACUGGGUGAGACCUGGACCAAGGUCCUGUGGAGAUGUGUUGGGAGAUGGAAGGCACGUGGAUAUACACCCGUGUCCCUCUCCACAGGACAGCCCUGCGGAAAAGCUGCUUCCAACCCCGCUCCAACUCCUAGUACCUUCGCUGCCAAUGGCUGGUUCCAGCGGACCAUUUGGGCUUUGAACACUCCUCACUAGUUUCCCAGAUCCCCUGGCCUUACUCUGAAGUGGACUUUUCCUUAAAGAUCAGCCCCAUACCACCUGAAGUUUCGCCACCCCAACUAUCUCAAGCCUUUGACAGCAGGUCCAUUCAUUCCCUCAUCUGUCAGAUUGGUUUAGAGAAGUCCAAAGUUAAGAAUUAUUUAAGAUCAGAAGCAAAUAUUUGGGCUCUAAGGCUUGUUAGCAGUUUAUGAAACUCUGACUUAGUGACAUGAGACCAGACCUCUGCAUGAGUAAAAUAAGCCAGGAGUGGGAUUCUCGGCCUUGAACCCAUUCUGCUAGCCCAGUUGCUCCCCACUCAGUGAGGAGAGGUACGGGGGUGGAAGCAGAUGUACUCUGUCGUUUUUUGAUGAAACGGACUCUCUUCCAGCAGAAUUUCAGGUAAUGUUGGACAGUUAGGUGCUGACAUUUAUGGAGGUCCUUACACAUAAUCAUAAAACAGGAAUAGAUGUAGAAAAAGACCAAGUUACUCAAGCAAAUAUUUUCCAGUUUAUUCCUAGAAAGUAUUUUUAAGGAAGUAUGUUACCACCCUUCUGAUCUGAGGUGGGGGUGGGGUGGAGGGAGGGGAUUACAUUAUUUAUUAUCUAACCUCUGCCCUGAGGCUGUGGUUGGGAUCCUUUUGUUGUUUGGGUUUUUAUAUUUAAUUUCAGGUUUAGUCACUUGUAAGAUGUUAUGUAACUGCCCUCAAGAGGGAUUGUUUUCUAGCCUGUCAGCAUCAGUAUUACAUAUGGACUCUGUCCCAAGGUGAUGGCAGCGGACACGGCUACCAGUGGGCUCCCUGAUGGCUCUGGAGGCAGCACCCUCGCAGGGCACAGGGUUGUCACUACACUCCGUAUUUACUUGGCGCUUUGGCUUGUUUGGGGGGAGCCCGGCAGGGAGUGAAGAACUAGAAGGGCUCUCGCUAUAUUUAGUGCUUUUUAAACUCUGACCCUUUGGGGAGUCUCCCACAGCGCAGUCUUGCUCCCAGCUUCCCUCUGCCUGGCAGGCAGCCUGGGCUCGGGGUCCAGGUACCAGGGCCUGAUCAGAUUGGAGCCUGGAAGGGUGCUGCCCACUUGCCAGUGGAAGUGGCCUUAAGUGCAGUGGGGCUAUUAGGUGACAUUUCAGCUCCAGGUCACUGAAAAGAGGCAUCUUCGGACUCACCUUUACUUACGAGGGUGGUGCUCUUCAGAGCUUGGAAAGGUCUGAGAAGGCAGGGCAGAUGCCACGUCCUUCCUUGUUCCAAUUCUAUUCUCUGUAGAUUGUGGCUCUUUGAAGUUGUCCUAACCUUGGUGUAAAUUUGCAAAGCUAGCCCCUCAUCACGAUGGAGUGGGAUGGGUCUUUUGUACACAGGACCCUGGGCCUGCUCAUGUGUGCCUCCCACCAGCGUGUACUUACGUGUUUCCAGCCCUGGGGUCCUGUUGGCAUUGUGCGUGUACAGAUUUAUAUAGGCUUGUAUGACUGACUGAAUGUACAUGUGUUUAUACCUUCUGUAUGUGUACAGUGUAUAUAGCAUAUGUGUACAUAGGUGUAUAUUAUGUAUACAGACAUGUAGCCACAUAUCCAGACUUUCCUUGCGCUUUACAGAGAAUCUAUGAUAGAGUUGCUGCAGUAACUUGAUGGAGGUGUUCCAGGGUCCCUCAGCAGGAUGGAUGUGCUGAGAUUUCCUUAACUCCAUUCUCCUUUGAGUGCACCUGGCUGAGAAAGGCCAUCGGGUCAGAAUUUCCACUCUGCACCAGGGAAGGUUCCAGACAGGCUCUAGCAGAUGACAUUGCUCUCAAUUCUCGAGGUUCAGACAAGGGCCAGGAAGCCGGAGGACACCUUAUUCUAAUGUCCAAAACUAGGCAGGGAUCUUUAACCUAGUUGAUACACACCUAUUCAUGGAAGGAACAUGGUAGUUAGUGCUGUCAGCUUUCCCAGAUACUCCUGGCAGGGCACUCAGAGCAGCCAGUGUCACAGGGCCUGACUCCCAGUGUGGUGGAAAUGGCCACGCUUGCUCAAGACUCAGUCAGCAUAUGGUGAGCACUGCCCUGUGACCACCUCUCUAACACAGCCGGAAAAAAAAAAAACAAGUAUUCUUUAAAAAUAAGCAAGGAUGUUGAUGGCUUUUAUGGCAUAUAAAUUACAAUCAAAAUUCUCUAGCUAUAGCAUGUGAAUAAAAACUCACUGACCUUAUUCCUUUCUCUAAAUUAUGAUUUAAAAUUUUUAAAAUUUCAGAUAAAAACUGCAUUUGGGCAGAUGUGUGCCCUUAAAACUACAGAUGCCAAAUUUUCCUUGUCCAGGUCUAUUCUGAUGAAUUUUCCCCAUUAAUCGGGCUUUUAACUGAGACACGGCACUCGAGAGCCAGGGCCCUGCCCAGCAAUAGUUGCUCACGGACCUGGUAAGCAGGGGCUUGACUGGUGGGAAGGAAGGUUGAAAGCUGGCCUGCUGAAAGAAAUCACUGGAUAGCUGCAAAAACCUCACAUAAUCCACAGGUUCCUUCUUUUUUUUUUUUUUUUUUAAUAAGCUUAUUGAAACGUUUGAACACACUUCAUUGAGAUCACAGUACUCAGUGCCUUUGUGAGACGGGCCAUCCAGCCUUCAGCUCCCGUAGCUUUGCUGUGAAGAAAGCUCCUGCUACUUCACUGGCCUCAUCCCACAGUGACUGUUCCACCUUUCCCUGUCCUUGCCUGUCGUGACAAUCACCAUUGAAGGUGGCUCUCCAGUUACAGUACAAGUGGAAGCUUGACAGUCUCUAAAUGAAAUAUAAUCUAAGAAUAAUUAAACUGUGAGUUUUAAAAAAAAGUAUCUUGAAGGUGAGGAAUGGAUGAGAUGUUUUUAAUGCCCGGCUGUACUUUCAGUUAAGAAGCAAAUAAUUUUGAAAUGCUGGGGGGAAAAAGGCUCAGCAAUAUUUAUCAAUUGACAGACUGUGAUAAAGCUUAAAACUUGGUAACAUUUGGAAAUAGUAGACCUUACAUUAAAAAUAGCUUUUCUUUAGGAAAGUAUCAUCAGUUACCAUUUUAACAACCAGAGCACUCACGGACUCAAAUGCUGCUGCCACACACAACUCAAGUGCUGGAGUAUUUUUCUACAGUCUCUCCGUUCUUUCAGUUACCUUGUAAACCAGUGUUCAACUAGUUUUAUAACUGAAAGCUGCACAUUUUUCAUAGUACAUAGUUUUUACCUGUAGCUUGGACCUCUCUGUUAAAAUGUAGCUGCAUUACCAGCCCUUUUAAAUCUGUUAAAGGAAAACUCGAAUGUUAGAUUUUCUUGGGACCGUUUCUGUAACCGCUGCCCUUCACAAUAUAGAAAAUACUGUUUAUGCCAUUACAUUUUAAUUCCAGGUUUAAAAUCUGUUGAAAGCUGUAGCUUAAAAUCAGCUUUGUUCAUGUGAUGGCAUUUAAAAAAUAGCAUGUCCUUUUUAAAAACUGAUUUUUAUAUCUAAUCAAUGUCUUCAGUCUUGAAGAAGAAUUUGCAUUGUUGUGUUUGUAUAUAGAGUAUUGCAGUGCAUGAAUUCGCUUUAUGCAUUUUAUUAAAUGCUGUUUCAAUGUGGCAUUAUUGUUGUGGCUUAAUACUACUACCUAAAUGAGGUUUAUACUAUUAAAGUGAAUUAAAGAC